UUAAAGGCUGAGCAGAACUUGAAAGGAGCAGCCGUUCUCUUCCCUGGCUGUUGGACUUGAAGCCCUUUGACCUGGGAAAGUGAAGAUGAGGUUGCCAUGGGAACUGGUGGUCCUGCAGUUCUUCAUGUUGUGCCUGGCAGAUGACUACACUCUGCAUGGCCCAGUCUUCACGCAGGAGCCCAGCCACGUCAUGUUCCCCGUGGACUCUGAGGAGAAAAGGGUGAAGCUGAGCUGUGAAGUGAGAGGGAAUCCCAAACCUCACGUCAGGUGGACGUUAAAUGGAUCUGAUGUCGACACGAAUAUGGAUUUCCGCUACAGUGUCAUCGAAGGCAGCUUGCUGAUCAAUAACCCCAAUAAAACUAAAGAUGCUGGGACGUACCAGUGCGCAGCAACGAACUCGUUCGGAACCGUUGUUAGCAGAGAAGCAAAGCUCCAGUUUGCUUAUCUGGAAAACUUUAAAACGAGGACAAGGAGCACUGUGUCAGUUCGCCAAGGCCAGGGGAUGGUCCUGCUGUGUGGCCCCCCACCUCACGCUGGAGAGCUGAGCUAUGCCUGGAUCUUCAACGAGUACCCUUCUUACCAGGACAGCCGCCGCUUCGUGUCCCAGGAGACGGGGAAUCUCUACAUCGCCAAGGUGGAGGCCUCGGAUGUGGGAAAUUACACCUGCGUGGUCACCAACACGGUGACGAACCACAAGGUCCUGGGGCCACCCACCCCGCUCAUACUGAGGACUGACGGGGUAAUGGGCGAGUAUGAGCCCAAGAUAGAAGUGCAGUUCCCGGAAAUGGUCCCCACAGCUAAAGGGACAGCUGCCCGGCUGGAGUGCUUCGCCCUGGGAAACCCAGUGCCAACCAUCACCUGGAGAAGAGCAGAUGGGAAGGCCAUAGCCCAGAAAGCCAGGAGACACAAGUCCAAUGGGAUCCUAGAAAUUCCCAACUUUCAGCAGGAAGACGCCGGCGUGUACGAGUGCGUUGUGGAGAACACCAGGGGCAGAAACGUAGCGAGGGGACAACUGACUUUUUACGCUCCACCUAGCUGGGCUCAAAAAAUCAGUGACAUCCAAGUAGCCAUGGAAGAAAAUGUUGUCUGGGAGUGCAAAGCCAAUGGAAGGCCUAAGCCCUCAUACCGGUGGCUGAAGAAUGGGGAGCCUCUUCUCACUCGGGAGAGAAUUCUGAUGGAGCAAGGAACUCUCAACAUCACGACCGUGAACCUCUCGGAUGCAGGCAUGUACCAGUGUGUGGCAGAGAACAAGCAUGGAGUUAUUUUUUCCAACGCAGAGCUGAGUGUGAUAGCUGCAGGUCCAGAUUUUUCGAGAACCCUUCUAAAAAGAGUGACUCUCGUCAGAGUGGGCGGGGAUGUUGUCAUCGAGUGCAAGCCCAAAGCUUCGCCGAGGCCCGUCUACACCUGGAAGAAAGGACGUGACAUCUUGAGGGAAAGCGAAAGGGUCACUGUUUUGGAGGAUGGCAGCCUGCGCAUCAUCAAUGUGACCAAGUCUGACUCGGGGAGCUACACCUGUGUGGCCACCAACCACUUCGGCACAGCCAGCAGCACCGGGAACCUGAUCGUGAAAGACCCAACCCGAGUGACCGUGCCACCCGCCAGCAUGGAUGUUACAGUGGGAGAGAGCAUUGUGCUACCCUGCCAGGUCACGCAUGACCACUCUCUGGGCAUCAUGUUUACAUGGUCCUUCAACGGGCACCUGAUUGACUUUGACAGAGACGGGGACCACUUUGAGAGAGUGGGCGGGCAGGACUCCGCUGGGGACCUCAUGAUCCGCAACAUCCAGCUGAAGCACGCUGGCAAGUACGUGUGCGCGGUGCAGACCAGCGUGGACCAGCUGACCGCUUCCGCCGCCCUGGUGGUCAGAGGUCCCCCUGGACCCCCCGAGGCCGUGACCGUCGACGAGAUCACGGACACUACGGCACAGCUGUCCUGGAAGCCGGGGCCCGACAACCACAGCCCCGUCACGCUCUACGUCAUCCAGGCUCGGACACCCUUCUCCGUGGGCUGGCAGGCCGUCAGCACAGUCCCAGAGCUCAUUGACGGACGGACGUUCACAGCCACAGUGGUGGGGCUGAACCCAUGGGUGGAGUAUGAGUUCCGUGCAGUGGCCGCCAAUGCCAUUGGCAUCGGGGAGCCCAGCCGGCCAUCAGAGAGGCGCAGGACGGAGGAGGCCCUCCCCGAAGUCACCCCAGCGAAUGUCAGUGGAGGCGGAGGCAGCAAGUCUGAGCUGGUGAUCACCUGGGAGACGGUCCCUGAGGAGCUGCAGAACGGCCGGGGUUUUGGCUACGUAGUGGCCUUCCGGCCCUACGGCAAGGCCAUCUGGAUGCUGACGGUGCUGGCCUCCGCCGAUGCCUCCAGAUACGUGUUCCGCAAUGAGAGCGUGCGGCCCUUCUCACCCUUCGAGGUGAAGGUGGGCGUCUUCAACAACAAGGGCGAGGGCCCCUUCAGCCCUGUGACCACCGUGUUCUCCGCCGAGGAAGAGCCCAGCAAGCCCCCUGUCAGCAUCUUUGCCCGGAGUCUCUCUGCCACAGACAUUGAGGUCUUCUGGGCCUCCCCCCUGGAGAAGGAUCAAGGACGCAUCCAGGGCUAUGAGGUCAAGUACUGGCGACAAGACGAUGAGGAAAACGCCAGGAAAAUACGCACCUCCGGGAACCAGACCUCCGCCAGAAUCGGCCACCUGCAAGGCAGCAUGCUCUACCACCUGGCGGUGAAGGCCUACAACUCGGCGGGCACAGGCCCCUCCAGCGCCACCGUCAAUGUCACCACCAGGAAGCCACCACCGAGUCAGCCCCCUGGAAACAUCAUAUGGAAUUCAUCCGACUCCAAAAUUAUCCUCAACUGGGAUCAAGUGAAGGCCCUGGAGAAUGAAUCAGAAGUGAAAGGAUACAAAGUGUGUCCUGUACAGGUGGGACCGGCAGAGCAGCACGUCUGUCAUCGAGACCAACCAGACGUCUGUGGAGCUGUCGCUGCCCUUCCACGAGGACUACAUCAUCCAGAUCCAGCCCCUCAGCGACGGCGGCGAGGGCAGCAGCAGCCCUCAGAUCCGCAUCCCCAAGAUCUCCAACGCCUACGCCCGAGGCGCCGGGCCCUCGACAUCCAAUGCCUGCACGCUGUCGGCCAUCAGCACCAUCAUGCUGUCCCUCACAGCCAGGUCCAGCUUAUGACGAACGCCACGCCCAGGACUCACUGCCUGUAGUCUAAGCAACAGUUAGCUAGUUGUUUUGAAGACACCCAGUACUAAGUAAUAUUGUUGUUCAAGUACACCUUCUGACUGGAAAACACAAAUGUUCUUUGCUUCUUUAGGAAUGGCAUUAUCCAGUACUUCCUCAAAGCAAACCUAGCUUUGUCUGCAGUUUCUCAGAAACUCUGCAAUGCACUGAAGACAUCUGUAAUAUGAUGUUACCAAAGCAGUUUACAUAUGUCCUUAUAUGCAUAUUUUUAUUAUAUAUUUAGUGUUUUAUAGAAUUUUUUAAAGUUAACAUGAGAUGUAGAUAUUAAUUUUUUCUUUUCCUCUGCCGUAAAAAGCAAUGGGCAACACAACCAUACAGCUCUCCCUGGAAAACCGUGUCCUUCAGGGACUGGAGUUUGAGACUCAAGUUUGGCUACUCGCUGACAAAUGACUUAGGUCGUCUAACAAAGAGAGGCCACAGAACAGCCCCCGGGACUCUGCGCAUGGCUGGUGCGAUCAAGCAAGUCCUCGGAACACGUGUGAGACAACACUUUUCUGAGAUGCUUUGAAGAAAUGGCUUCAGACUUCAGUCCAGCUGCCCAAGAGUCCCCAGUGUGUUAGCACUCCCACAGGUUAGCCUUGUACGGCAAUACUUUGUUUUCCCUCCACUAGGUUAGCACUGUCUUGUCUGUGUGGUAGCAGUAUCUUAGACAUCCAAUUUGAGGUUCUAUAUCCUGUAGUAACCUAGAACAAACAAAAGUUACUAUAAUCGGCAGGGUCCUGCAAAGGAUCCAAAGUCAUUUCACUGUCUUUUCCACGUCUGUUUUGAAUGUACAUUUUACAGAAAACCAGAGAGUUUCUUUCUCUGUCAAGCGACGACUCCUUUCUUUGAACACACCUUCAGAUAGAUAACCUGUGUAUCUCUUUAAUACUAAGUCCUUCUUUUAAAUCAAAAUCCUGCCUGGAAUUUUGGCAGACUUCCCCCAAUCCAGCAGAUAGUCUCAGCUAAAGACUUUUUCUCAUGAUUAAGCCACACCUCUAGUUCCCUGGUGUGAUGCCUUGCUGACGGCUCCUGGUUUUCAGUAGGUAGUCUAAGCACCCUGCUAAGUCGCACAUUGGAAACAUGACAAUAUCAACACAGCUGAAUUCUUAUGGGAAAAACUCUUUAUUAUAACAGGGAGGUUUCCUAAGCAGACACUUCUGAACCAGUGCAUUUCAAAAUCAAUGAGAUUUUCUAAAAUAAAUAGAUAAAUGAAUGAAUAAAAAAAUUUCAAACUUCAACAUGCGGUCACCUUUUUCUCCUUUCUUGGCAAACUCAGAUUUGCCUGCAAUCUGCCGUUUUUGCUUAUAAAUAAUCCGAGUCAAAUUUUCAACCUUCUAGCUCAAUUUAUCCAAUUACGUCAUAAUCAGGAUUCCACUUGUCUAAAAAAAUUUUUUUUAAGGAAAAAAACUAAGGUGACAGCCAGGAAAAACACACAAAAAAAGAAAGAACAUAUUGUCAGUAUUUCAAGCUGUGUUCCUCUCUUAGUUUGUUAUGGUUAUUUCUUUGUUCAACUCAAUAAAUAAAACAAACUUUAAAACCACAUGCAAAAAAAAACAACAAAAUAAGAAAAUGAAUAAAAAAGACGCCCCAAGUAGUCUUCCCCUCCCAGUGUAAAUGAUAUUUACCAGUGAUCUAGCCUAUGUAAUCUUUUUUUAAAAGGUAUUGUUAAUAAAUAUUACGUCAUUUGUAAAGA